CGUAGUCCCGGGUGGGUGCCGCGGGCCAUUUCUCUGUCAGGGAGCGCCCGGCGGCGGGAAGUCCCCGCGAGUGAGAAAUUAUUAUGGAAAUGAGCUGCGUAAUGAGAGCGGCUCGUUCCCAGCGCGGGCUCCGCGCCCUGCAGCCCGCCAAAGUCACCGGCGCCGUUCCCUCAUUAGCGGACUUCCCUCUAAUUUGAUUGUCAGACGUUUCGGGGCGGCAGCGUGCCGCGGCCUGCGCCAGGUCACACUUCCCGCUUCACGGCUAAUUGCUGAUGGAAAUGAAAGGCCGAGAGAUGCAGAUGAGGCGCACCGGUACAGGGAGGGCUUAGAAAUAAAAGAUCCUAAAGCUUGAUGAGAGAAAGAGCCACGAAGGGUUUUGGGGGGGCUGGGGGGGAGCAGCCCAGACCCUCUGCUCUGCCCUGGUGUGUGAGGCACUGCCGUAACCACACACGAUGUGCCCACAGCGACAGCCAGCACCGGGAUUUGUUAUGGGAAGUGGAGGCUGGAGCUAAGCUUGGCUGAAGCAAACCUUGAGCUUUUGGAAACACUGUCAGCAGACGUUGGGUGAGUGCAGAGAGCUGAGAACUGCAGCCACAGGUGGAGAAAGGUAGUGGUUUUCAGAAGGAAUAUUCCAUCUUCUGACCCGUAACGUGGGGCUUUCAAGUGAGGAAGAAAGCUCUCGGCCUUGCUGCCCUUUGCGGACAGUCCCUGCUGUUCCCCAGGAGGGAUGACUGGGCCUUGUGAGCAACGCGGGCACCCAAACAACUCCAGAGCAGCAAUCUGGCAGGGUGCAGAGCUUCCUUUGGAGCUGUGCUUUCAGUCUCCUUCCCAGCUCGACAGCAGCUGUCUCCGUGGCCCUGCUGCUGCCCCAGAGUCAUUUUGGGGCUGGUGACCAGCUUAAUUCCCCUGCACGCUUGGCUGAGCUGUCCCCACCCCUUUGUAACUGCCUUGUAUUCCAGGAAGGGAGUGCACAAGCCUUUGCCUCACUUUUCACAUAGCUUUCAACAGCUCCAAUGUCAUUGCCUAGGCGACCGGGACGCUACUAGAUUGUAGUGCAGUAAAUAACAGAUCCUCAAUCCCAGGCCGCUCCUGUCUGCGGGAGACCUCCGGGGGAACUCCAAGUGCCUGGGGAGCCAGAGCAGAGUGAUUUAUCCUUUGUCAGACUCCCCCUCUGUGAAGAUGUCCCAGUCCUCUCCUGCUGAUGAAAGUACAACAUUUGAACACCUCUGGAGUACACUGGCACCAGACAGCACCUACUUCGACCUCUCUCCAUCCAGUCAUACAGGCAACAAUGAGGUCUCCAACCGCACAGAGAUCACAAUGGAUGUCUUCCAGAUGAGAGGCAUGAAUGACUCUGUUAUGUCCCAGUUUAAUUUGCUGAACAACAGCAUGGAUCAGAGCAUCGGCAGCAGAGCAGCCUCCACCAGCCCUUACAGCUCCGAGCACACCUCCAAUGUCCCAACGCAUUCACCCUACUCGCAGCCCAGCUCUACCUUCGACGCCAUGUCCCCAGCUCCUGUCAUCCCCUCCAACACUGACUACCCAGGUCCCCACCACUUUGAGGUGACCUUCCAGCAAUCCAGCACAGCCAAGUCAGCCACCUGGACAUACUCCCCGCUGCUGAAGAAGCUGUACUGUCAGAUUGCCAAGACAUGUCCCAUCCAGAUCAAGGUAUCCAGCCCACCGCCACCGGGCACCAUCAUCCGGGCCAUGCCUGUCUACAAGAAGGCCGAGCACGUGACAGAAGUGGUGAAACGCUGCCCCAACCAUGAGCUGGGGCGUGACUUUAAUGAUGGCCAGUCAGCCCCAGCCAGCCACCUCAUCAGGGUGGAAGGCAACAACCUCUCCCAGUACGUGGACGACCCUGUGACAGGACGGCAGAGUGUGAUGGUGCCCUAUGAGCCCCCACAGGUGGGAACCGAGUUCACCACUAUCCUGUACAACUUCAUGUGCAACAGCAGCUGUGUGGGAGGAAUGAACAGGAGACCCAUCCUCAUUAUCAUCACACUGGAGACGAGAGACGGCCAAGUCCUAGGAAGGCGAUCCUUUGAGGGACGGAUCUGUGCCUGUCCUGGCAGAGACCGGAAAGCUGAUGAAGACCAUUAUCGAGAGCAACAAGCCCUGAAUGAGAACGCAGCUAAAAAUGGCAACGCCAACAAACGCACAUUCAAACAGAGCCCUCAGGCAAUCCCAGCACUGGGGCCAGGCGUUAAGAAACGGAGACACGGGGAAGAGGAGAUGUAUUAUGUGCCUGUGCGAGGCAGGGAGAAUUUCGAGAUCCUGAUGAAGAUAAAGGAGAGCCUGGAGCUGGUGGAGCUGGUCCCGCAGCAGCUGGUUGACUCCUACCGGCAGCAACAGCAGCAGCUCCUGCAGAGGCAAAAUCAGCUGCAGACACCUUCCUCCUACGGCCCUGUCCUCUCACCUAUGAAUAAAGUCCAUGGAGGAGGAAUCAACAAGCUGCCCUCUGUCAACCAGCUGGUCGGGCAGCCAGCACAGCACAGCUCUGGCUCAGCAUCAAGCCUGGGGCCAAUGGGACCUGGAAUGCUGAACAGCCACCCCAUGCAACCCAAUGGAGAAAUGAACGGGGGCCACUCGUCCCAGUCCAUGGUCUCAGGAUCACACUGCACCCCUCCUCCACCCUACAACCCCGAUCCCAGCCUAGUCAGUUUUUUAACAGGAUUGGGGUGUCCAAACUGCAUCGACUAUUUCACCUCACAAGGGUUACAGAAUAUUUACCACCUGCAGAACCUAUCCAUAGAGGAUCUCGGAGCACUGAAGAUCCCAGAGCAGUACCGGAUGAUCAUCUGGAGGGGCCUUCAAGAACUCAAGCAGAGCCACGACUACGGGGCCCAGCAGCUCAUUCGCUCCAGCAGCAACGCCUCCACCAUCUCCAUUGGCAGCUCAGGGGAGCUGCAGCGGCAGCGCGUGAUGGAGGCCGUGCACUUCCGUGUGCGUCACACCAUCACCAUCCCCAACCGCGGCGCGGCAGACGAGUGGGCAGACUUCGGCUUUGACCUCCCAGACUGCAAGUCCCGCAAACAGUCCAUAAAAGAAGAGUUCACGGAGGGAGAGAUCAACUGAGGUUCUCCAGGACGCGACGGUAGGAAACCGGACACAAAGAGAGUCCAAGGGAUGGGCUGGGGAAACCAAACCCCACGUGAAAAAUGGGAGAAUACUUUCAGCCUUGAGCAGCUGGAGAAGCAUAAUUUUGCUGGACAGAUGCGGACUGUCAGCUGCCCCGAUCCAUCUGCCAGGUACUUCCCAGAGAGGAAAUCCCAGUGGUUUAUCAGAGGAUCGAUGGAAGGACGGGGCGGUGAGAGCUCCUAGAAUGCAGCACAGAUUCUGACUGCUCGCGGCAGAGGAGUCAUCUGCUGGUUCAUCCUUCUGUUUUGUAUUGUGCUGGACAAGCCUUGCAUCAAACAGAUGCAGCAUAAAGAUAGCACAUUUUCUGUUAGCAAGACCUACCUUCUUACCUCUGUUCUGUGUUCUCAGUGGUGUUGAAAACCAAAAAACAAUUUAGCCCUUAUCUGCUCCAUUUCCUGUACGAGUAUCUGCCAUUGACUGACACAAAGCAAGUCUGCUUUCCUGAUGGACUGCCAGAAGAUGUGUCCCUUUCAGUUCCUUUAGAGCAGAACCGAUCUCUUCGUCAGUUCCAGAUGUGUUCACGUACUUAAAUGUUUGUGUUUAUCAACAAUGCGAUGUACAUACAGUAUACUCAUUGUACUGCAAGAAGAAAAAAAGAUUUAUUUUCAUGUAAGCUAUAAAAAUUGAUGCUCCUGAGAUAAUAGCGUCAAGCAAUUAAUUUUAUGUUCUAGCAUGUAAACGUGCAGAAAGUCAUGUUUCAAGACUUACCUAUUCACAAUUCAGAUGUUUUUCCCUCCUGUGAAUUAUGUCACACAGAUGCAGAGGAGAAAACGUGUGAAGGCUCCCGUGGAGUUGGAGCUCUGUGUGAUUCCUCCCUGCACCACAGGUGAGGAUUGGAGGCAGAUAACAGUGACGUGGAGAUGAGUUUGAUCCCACAUUGGAGCGAGGAGGUGGCCUCAGUGAGGUCCUUCCAGCUUGGUUUGCUGCUUCUGGCCAUUUUUUCCUGAUUUAUCUGUUGGUUCAGGCUGACGAGCAGCGCAGCAGAAAGCCAUGCUGCCAGCAGACACAUUCCCAGCUCCACCUCCUACUGGUGAGCAGAGCAGAUACAUCCAGAGGUGCUUUAAAGGUUUUGAAACAUGUUUUCAACGUUAACUAAGGCUUCUUCAACAGUAUUAACUGAUACAGUCCAACCAUGUUACCAGUAGUACUUUUUGGAACUUUAUCUUUGGAAAAUGUGUUAUUUUUAUAGCUGUGGUUUCUUUUUUUUC